CUCUCUAAAACGGCUCUGCUCAUCCACACACACACACAUUCAUGACCCGAAGUACAAGACUGAGUUUUCGACAGGCAUGAAAUAACAGUGAGUUUAAUAGACUGUGCUGUCUGUUUGCUGAGACAGAGAGUGAUAUAUACAGAGAGAUUAAACCGAUACAAAUCAUUGUGAAGUUUCCAGGGAAUCAAAUACUGUCAGUGGUGAACCAGUGGGACCAGUUUCACCCUCAAAUUCAGUGAAAGAAAUGGAGAAUGCGAGUGUGGAGGAGGAGAUACAGCCAUCAGUCUGUGUGCGUGUGUGUAUAUAUACAUCAGUCUGUGCAUGUGGAGCUUCAUCCAGCUGAAGAACAUCCCUGCAGGUCCAACACAAGACAAGAAUCUUAAGCAGCCAUGGCAGGUGCCAGCUUUAAACAGGAGUUUCUGCAGACUCAUAACCAGUACCGGCAUCAGCACCAGGCACCGCCGCUGGUCUACCGUGAGGAUCUGUGCAGGGCCGCUCAGAAAUGGGCCGAACACAUGCUGAGCAAAAAAUCUCUGGGCCACAGUGAAACAGAGAACGGGGAGAACGUCUAUUACUCCUUCAGCUCCGUCAAAAAGACACCAACAGGAAAGGAAGCUGUGGACUCUUGGUACAGUGAAAUCAAAGAUUACAAUUUUGCAAAAUCAGGACAUCAACCUAAAACAGGUCAUUUCACGCAGGUUGUGUGGAAAUCCUCCAAAGAGCUCGGAGUCGGUCUGGCUACUGACGGAAACACAGUUUUUGUGGUUGGUCAAUACAAGCCUGCUGGAAACAUAACCAACGCUGGCUAUUAUGAGCAAAAUGUUCUGCCUAAAAAACAAUAAUGUUCCUUUUUUUGAUUGUUUUAAAAUAUAAACGUAUUAAGCAGAUGCUUUUUAAGUGACUCAAUCAGAGCUUUCAGAUUAAAUAUAAAAGACAGGCCUAUAAUGCAUUGUGAAUAAAUCCUGUGUUUGUGAUUUUAAUAAAGUAAUCAAUCAAUUAUAA